AUGGCUAUGCCCAACGACGUUUGGGAGGAAAUCUCCCAGGAGAUCCCCUCCAUGAGCGACCCGUUCCUGCAGCAGUACAUGACCGGCCGUGCCAACCUCAUUGCCCAAGAAAAGACGCGCCGCGCCGACGCCGCUUUCCGCCAGUCCCUCUCCCCCAUUGCCAAGCGGGCGUGCCGCGUCGUCGAGCGCAUCCGCGCCGAGGAGCUGCAGACGACAUGGACGAGCGAUGUUAAAGAGAAACUGGCCAGCGAGACGCACGCCACCGUCUUCCCCGCCAUGAUGUUUUCCAUGGGCAAGGACCGCAUGGAGCGCACUAAGCUCUGGCGCGUCGUCCGCCGCAUGCCCAAGGGCUCCCUGCUGCACGCCCACCUCGAGGCCAUGGUCAACUUUGAGUACCUCAUUGGCGAGCUGCUCAGUCUGCCCGGCGUCCACAUGGCCAGCGACCGCCCGCUCGACGGCCCCGAGGCUCUCGAGCGCGGCACCGUCACCUUUCGCUACCGCGCCAAGGAGCGCGUCCAGGGAAGCUCCGUGUGGAGCGCCGAGUACAAGAGCAAUCGGUUCCUGCUCCUCGCCAAGAUGGCCGACGAGUUCCCGCAGGGCGGCCGCCCGGGCUUCGUGAAGUGGCUCGCGAGCCGCUGCACGCUGCACGCGCACGACUCUCACCUGCACCACCACGGCGUCGACGCCAUCUGGGACAAGUUUCAAAACUGCUUCAUCGCGUCCGCCACCAUCCUGACGUACGAGCCCAUGGUCCGGCUGUACCUGCGCGCCCUCAUGCGCCAGCUGCAGGCCGACGGCGUUCGCUGGGCCGAGCUGCGCUUCGCCUGGCCCAUCAACUAUUGCCGCGACCGCCACGAGAAGCCCGAGCCCGACUACAUCCACCUUUUUGAGGUGAUUGACGACGAAAUCGCCCGCUUCAAAGCGUCUCCCGAAGGUGAGGGCUUCUGGGGCCUUGGAAUCAUUUGGACGUCGCUACGCUCGCUCCCCACGCGGCCCAUCAUCGAGGACAUGGACCACUGCAUCACCACCAAGCUCGCCUUUCCGCACCUCGUCCUCGGCUACGAUGUUGUCGGCUACGAGAACCGCGGCCGUACCCUUCGCGACCUCCUCCCCGAACUGUUUUGGUUCCGCAAGCAGUGCGCCCAAGAGGGUGUCAAUAUUCCCUUCUUCUUCCACGCCGGCGAGACGCUCGGCGACGGUGACGCCACCGACUGCAACCUCUUUGACGCCGUUCUCCUCGGCACCCGCCGCCUCGGCCACGGCUAUAGCCUCUACAAGCAUCCGCUGCUCAUAGACAUGGUCAAGGAGAAACGCAUCCUUGUCGAGGCCUGCCCCAUCUCCAACGAAGUCCUCCGCCUCUGCGGCUCCGUCGCCGCCCACCCCCUCCCGGCCCUUCUCGCCCGCGGCGUCUCCUGCUGCCUCUGCAACGACGACCCCGCCAUGAUGGGUCAGGGAACUGCCGGCAUGUCCCACGACUUCUGGCAGGCCCUCCAGGGCUGGGACAAUCUCGGCCUCGCCGGCCUCGCCAGUCUCGCCGAGAACAGCGUCCGCUGGUCCGCUUUCGCCGACGAGGACAAUGAGGCGUGGAUGAACAAUAUCAAAACUGCCAGCCUCGGCGACGGCGUCAAGGCCGACCGGCUAAAGGAGUGGCAGAUUCAGUGGGAGCAGUUUUGCCUCUGGGUCGUGUCCGAGUUUGGCGAAGAGUACGACGACACGCCAGAGCCAGAGCCGAGCGCUACUGUUUCUGCUGCUGCUGAAGAGUCCGCUGAGCCCGCUGAGCCCGCUGAGCCCGCUACUAGGGAGCAACAGGUAUAG